UGAACCAAUAUUAUGACGUUUAUAAUUAACUGUUAUUGUGUGAAGAAACUUGCUGUUUUAUACAAUAAUAGAUACGUUCGCGUUUUAAAAAUACUUACAACUACCAAACUAUGACUCAAAAUUAAGUGUAAAGUUCUACCAUGAAGAGUGCUAAUAAUACAACUCGAAGUAGGGGACAAGUGUACAGUGUCGGAAAUUACCUGAUGACCGGCAAAGUAUUCGGCAAAGGUCAUUUCGCAAGGGUCGAGGAGGCAACACAUAGAAUAAUAGGGAAAAAGGUGGCGAUCAAGAUAAUCGACCUUACAUGCAUCAAAGAGGAAUAUGCUCGACGUAACCUGCACCGGGAACCCAGAGUAAUGUCAAAGCUGCGCCACCCCUGCAUUGCUGCGCUCUACGAAACGAUGAUGCACGGCCCGCGGCUGUACGUGGUGAUGGAGGCGGCCGCAGGCGGCGACCUGUGCGCGCACGUGCUGGCGGCGCGGGGCACGGCGCGCGGCCUGCCCGAGGCCCGUGCGCGCGCGCUGGCCGCGCAGCUGGUCUCCGCCGUGCGGCACAUGCACGCGCGCGGCGUCGUGCACCGGGAUUUGAAAAUGGAGAACAUCAUGCUGGACAGCACGAAGCAGUUUAUCAAGAUAGUGGAUUUCGGUUUGUCGAACGUGUGGAGCGCGAACGGAGCUCUGCGGACGCCGUGCGGCUCGUUGGAGUACGCCGCACCGGAGCUCUUCGUCGACGGUCGGCGGUACGGGCCCGAAGUCGACCUUUGGAGUAUUGGCGUGAUCGUGUACGGUAUGGUGACGGGCGGGCUGCCGUUCACGGACGAAGGCACCGUGGGCGCGGGCGGCGGCGAGGGUCGCUCGCGCCCAAACCUGCGAGCCGCCAUCUCGCGCGGCUUCACGCGCAAGCAACGUGUCGCACUCACGUGCGUCACUAACGAAUGCAAGACAUUCGUGCAGCAGCUACUAGAGCCGAACGUGGAACAAAGGAUGAAGAUCGAGGAGGCGGCGCGCCACCGCUGGGUUAAACGACCCGGCAUGCGCAUGAGAGUGCACCCGCUGCUCCCACUGGAGCCCAAAGUCAACAAAGAAGUUUACAGACAAAUAUCAGAUCUAUGCGGUCAACCCGUCACGGAUGUGAUAGCCCAGAUAAAAGCCGAUCCAUUCGGCACUGUCGCCGGUAUGUACAACAUCAAAACUCACCUCCAACAGAUCCAAAAUGUACCGGGCAUGGACCUACUGUGGACGACCAAUGUCCAAGAAACUAGACCCGCGUCCCCCCCGGAAUAUCGAACCACGUACGAGUUGCGGCAGGAUACUACACCAUCCAGCAGCAAGGCCCUUCCACCCGCCUCCAACGGGCUACCACAGCGGAAAAUGAUAUUCACACCCUCUUCCCAAAAAGUGCGGAUACAGAAUGGACUGGUCGCUCCAAAACCUCAGCAAAUUGAACCACCUCCAAUACAGAACGAAUCGAGAAUGAACGGAACACAGAUGCGAGGGAACAACGCAGCAACGCCUCAUCUCGUGAAAGACAGUUUAAAUACUCCACAACCGAAAAUAUCAAUGCCUUUUAAAGCUCCGGAAAUUCAAGUCGACCAGGCGAAAAAUGUCCGAAAUGUAGUCAUGAAGUCGAGAAACCAGUCAUUGGAGAACCCGAGGUUAUGUAUGAUGAAUAGACCGAUGAGCGGGACGUUUUGUGUGAAAAAGCCCAUGUACAAAGUUUACGACAGCGGGGACUGUGGCCUGAACCCGAGGCUGCCGAGCAUCGAAGAACAUUCCAACACAGAUUUCAAUGAAAAGCAAACCGCAAAGAACAAACCGAGGACUCCGUUCAUGAGAAAAGUGAACUUGGACGACGACCGGCGACUUAGCAGUUGCCCUAACAGGAUGGGAGACGGGAAACGUCCUGACUUCUAUAGAAGAGGUAGCGACACUUUAACCAAUUGGCGAACUGGAGGUGUAAUAGGCACGUCGACAGCUCGAAUUUUACUGCAGACCAAUGCCACUACAAUCAAGCGCGCGUCGUUAGGUAACAUUGUAAGUCCGCACUCAUCAUCAAACAGCCAGUGCAAGAGCGAAAGAGCUAUGCCCGUGUCCUGGUUCUCAACGCGCGCGCCGGGCAGCAAGGAAAGCUCGCACCUGCAGCGCCUGCGGCGGACCGCGCCCAUGAAGUGAUUUAUAUUUUUCGACUAACUUAUUUUGUAAGAUUUUUUUCCUUUAAAUUCUUUAUGUGACACCUCGAAUUGUAAUUUUAAGCGAAUAAAACAGUUUUAUUCUAUUGUGUACAAGGCAUGGACUGUGAAUUUUGGACAAACUUUAUUUGAUACAUUGUAGUACUUAAUGAAUUUUACGUUUUAGAUAUAGAUCUAAAUAAUAGAGUGAUAUAUUAUGCUCGUGUGUAAGUAUUUUAUUGAACAUACUGCGACAAUAAUCGACAAUUUACAAAUGCGCGAAUCCGAGCGAUCGUUUUCGGCUAAUACACGAUGGUGUAGCAAAGGGAGCCGCCACACUUAUCGAUGUGGGGUCUGUUUGAACUUGAAUCACGUAUCACCACA